AUGGCGAGUACACAGCACGUAGAUGUCGUGGUUGUUGGAGCUGGCUUCGGAGGGUUAUGGAUAACUCAUAGACUUCGAAAUGCCGGGCUGAAUGUCCUCUGCGUCGAAAAAGCCCCCCAGGCCGGUGGCGUCUGGUACUGGAACUGCUAUCCGGGGGCUCGAGUCGACAGUCGAUACCCCGUUUACCAGUAUACCGAUCCGGAGCUCUGCCAGGACUGGACCUGGAACGAGUUGUUGCCCGGAUACGAGGAGCUCCGGCGGUACAUCGCGUACGUGCUGGACAAGUGGCAGCUGCACAGACACAUCCAGUACAACACAACAGUGACUGGGGCGCAAUUCGAUGAGUCCACUCACCAGUGGACGGUUGAGUGCGUCGGGACAGAUGGCUCCCCCACAGAGAUCCGCAGUCGCUGGUUCAUCCUCGCUCUCGGCUUUGCCACCAAGCCGUAUAUCCCCGAUAUUCCAGGCCUGAACACCUUCGCUGGUCCGAGUUUCCACUCCGCCGCCUGGCCCCAGGAUGGGAUCGACCUGGAUGGUAAGAGGGUGGCUGUUGUGGGCACGGGAGCCAGCGCAGUCCAGAUCAUCCAGACCAUUGCCGAGAAAGUGGGCCAUUUGACCGUCUACCAGCGCACCCCGUGCACUGCGGUCCCGGCCCGGCAGCGCCCCCUCAGCGCCGAGGAACAGCAGCAGCUGAAACACAGCGGCGAGUUGGCCACCCUGCUGCGACAGGCCAAGUACGAAAAGUUCGGUGGACAGGACGUUGGGUUCGUCCCGCGUCGGUGGCACGAGGAUAACGAACAGCAGCGGCGGGAGGUGUUCGAGGCGGCCUGGGAAAAGGGCGGUUUCCACCCUUUGCUGUCGACAUACUUUGACGUCUUUGUGGAUGAGGAGGUCAAUAGGGCAGCGUGGCGGUUCUGGGCCGAAAAGACCCGCGAACGGAUCAAGGAUCCGAGAUACAAAGAUUUGCUGGCCCCCCUGGAGGCGGUUCAUUUGUUCGGGGGAAAGCGCACGCCGUUCGAGAUCAACUAUUAUGAGGCAUUCAACCGAGAGAACGUCGAAUUGAUCGACAGCAAGGCGUCCCCGAUUAUUGAGUUCACCGAGGACGGCAUUGUCACGCGGGAGGAGGGCCUCAAACGGUUCGAUGUGAUUGUGCUCGCAACAGGAUUCGACACCAACACAGGAGCAUUGACCGCAAUCUCCAUCCGGGACACGGAAGGGAGAACGCUCAAGGACCGCUGGCAGGAUCCAGAAACAGGAGUGAGGACCAACCUGGGUCUGUCCACCAGCAAGUUCCCAAACAUGUUCUUUUUCUACGGACCUCAGGCGCCGACAGCGUUUUCCAACGGGCCAGCUUGCAUUGAGCUGCAGGGGGAGUUUGUCGAGCGACUCAUCCUGGACAUGACAGCCAGAGGAAUAACAAGAGUUGAAAACACGGUGGAUGCAGAGACGGAGUGGAAGGGCUUGACGCAGCGGCUGUGGGACCGUUUUGUUUUCUCGUCGACGUCUUCGUCGUACUAUACCGGGGCGAAUAUUCCGGGCAAGAAGCGCGAGCCGUUGAACUGGUUCGGAGGGUUCCCCAGCUACCACCAAGCGCUCACCGGCUGUAGUGAGAAUGAUUACCAGKGUUACAAAAUGGCGUCUCUCAUGGAGAAGAUGGAGUCUGCCCCUGCUGCGCUGGAGGUUAAGACUCCCAUUGUUGUCGAAACGCUUGUCUUGGCGACGUUGCAAGUCGAAGCUAAAUAA